AUGACGAGGGAUGAUUGGCCGGCAAUAGCCGACCACUCCGGAGCGACAUUUCUUGUCUAUCUGGGCUCGGCCACCUGUGGCAUCAGUGCCGGUUUCUUCUGGAGUGUCGAAGGUGCUGUGGCAACGGGCUAUCCAGAACAACACAAACGGGGUCGAUAUAUUGCCACGUGGUUUACUUUUCGCAAUUUCGGCAAUAUCAUCGGAGGCGCCGCUGCGCUUGGAAUUAACCAUAAUGUCAACCAGCGUGGUCAGGUUGCUUACCAGAACUAUUUGGCAUUUAUCGCAGACCAGUGCCUCGGCCUGUUUAUUGGACUUCUCCUUUCGAAUCCCGAGAAGGUCCAGCGAGACGACGAUACCAAAAUCGAGGCGCCGCGCAACAUUCAUUGGCGAACAGAGGCCAAUGCCAUGUGGAAAUUGAUGCGGAGGAAGUCAAUCCUCCUACUCGUCCCUCUAUUCUGGUACUUUGGAUGGAUCCAAGCGUACCCUGGGACCUACUUCGCGACCUACCUCGCGACCUAUUUCACUGUGAGAGCACGGGCACUGGGCAGCUUCAUGUCUGCCGUAGUGGGCACGCUCGCAACCUGGCUCGGCGGCUCGCUAGUUGAUCUGACAUGGCACAAGAAUCGCAAAAUCCGAGCCAUAUUAACGUUUGUGCUGAUUGCUCUGCUGAAUACUACAACUUGGAUAUGGGCUGUUAUCAUUCAAGAUGAGUACCGACACACCAAACCAGUUCUAGAUUUGGAUAAUCAACGCACAUUCGGUCGUGGAUUUGGCGUUUACCUUUUCGAGCGCAUCAGUCUGGGCAUGGUGGAGAACUUCAUUUACUGGUGUAUUGGCAAUCUGACAGAUUCUCCGGGAGACCAGAUUGGAUGCAUUUCGCUGCUGCGAGGAAUCGAGACAGCUGGAGUUGCUGUUGUGCGGAAAUUCGGGAAGUUGAGAGCUGUGGAUGAGGACACUGUUGCGACAUGA